AUGAAGAGAACGAGAAGAUCUACGAGGGGCCAGACAGGGUCUUCUACACCGAUUUAUGACGAUGAACCUGCCGUGGAGGUUAAACAAGACGAAAACGCGUUGGAAUGGCACAGUUAUUUGUCAGAAGAGACUUUGACUCAAUUGAAUAGGGUCGACCUGUCCAUCUUAGAAUCCACUUAUGACAAGAUUAGACAGUUCUCCGACGUGUUGACGACGUGGUACUAUCAAUAUUCAAUUGCAUGGUUUUAUAUCGUUUGUAACAAUUCACCAAAACCUAUGUGGAAAUCAAUAAGAUUCGAUGAAGUAUUACUGUUGAACAAUAUACUGAAAUUGCAGAAGGAUAUUAAGGAGGACUAUGACGAUGAGGAUGAUGAUGAGGAAAAUGAACAUGACCAUUUAUAUGAAAUACUUCGAUUUCAAUUACUCAAAUCAUUGACAAAUAGUAAAUCCACAGAUUGGAACACAUCUGUUAACGAACUUCUAUCCAAUUCCGGUAGAGACACUUUUCAAGGUGAAUUCAUAAAAUUAGAUGUCUCAAGACAAUUCGAAAUUAUUUAUCACGUAAUAAAACAAAUUGAAUCAAAAAAUUUAAUCUUCAGAAAUUAUCUAAAUAAUAACUUCGAUUUAUUCAAUUUCCCCUUCAUCAAAUUAGAUGAUUCUAAGCAAUUAAUAGUACUGCCAACUAAUGGUACCGUCGUGGAAAAGAAAGUCAUAUAUCCCGACCCUCAAGAUUAUAUGGUUCCAAUUAAAUUGUCCAAUUGUACCAUUAAGACUGACGAAUUGAUUCAUCUAGAUUAUUCUCAAGAAAUCAAUUCAUAUUUGGAUGAACUAAAAAUUAGUUACAAACCAAUAUCAACAACUUUCAAUGAAUACGUUAAACUAUGCCACGAGUGCCCUGGGUUAAACGAUUUUCUUGAAAUAAAGACGAUUAAUUCAAUCGAUUCAGUUAAACUUCAACAGCAACUUGUAAAGGAAAAAUCAAUGAAAGAAUUAUUGACUAGAAGGAAGAGAUCUUCAAGACUAGUUGCUAAGGAAGAAGAAACAAAGAAGCGUGAAUUGGAAGAUACUAUAUUGACUAAAUUAGAUAAUAGAGAUAAUUUCAUGAAAUUGAGACACAGAAAUGUCAGUAGGUUAUCCAAGAAAAUAAAAGAAGUUAUUUGGAAUCAGCUGUGGAACAAUUUCGAAAUUGAUUUUAAAAAUUUCAAAUUGUCAAACAAAAACAUUGAUUUAUUCGACUUAAAUGAUGAAAAUUUGAAUGCUAUAGAUUUAAAAGUCCUAGAAAAGGGGGAAAAAUUUGGUAAUUUAAUUAUUAAAACUCAAAAUCUGGACCCCAUGGAAACUUCAAAACUUGCUGAAACAAAUAUCUUAGAAUUACCCACUGACAUAUGUAUUACACAGAAAGAAAUCGAUACAUUCGAAGAACUUACUAAUUCAAAAUUUGAUAACUACCCUGAUAAUAAAGAUUGGAUAUUUAAGUGUUCAUGCCAUUUAGAUUUACCUCCAAUAGUAACUAAUGAAAAUGAGAAAGAUCUGGAUGAAAUGGUUUUAAAUCAUGAAAUCAUCUGUUGCGAUCUCUGUUACAAAUGGCAGCAUUGGAACUGUCAAUCGGAUGAAACGAAAGAAAUAUUGUCAUUUUCCAAUAAACAAUCCGUCGAGUAUGCCACAGUACUGAUGGGUACUAAUUCAACUGUUCUCCUUAAUACUAGAAGAACUUUAAGAAAUAGAAAUGAAGACAAAGAAGAAAAAAUGCAAGUAAAUACUAAUAGACCCACAGAUAAAAGAACCAGAUUUGGUGAAUGUUCCAUUUUCAUUUGUAACUGGUGUAUUAAAUCACUUGAAGAAGAUUUAAGAAAUACUAAAUUUAAACCUGAAUUAGGUGCCGUGAGGUUGAAACAAAAGAAACAACAUGAUGAUCGUGAAAGAAGGAAGAAAAUUAAAUUAGAGAAAAAAAGAUUGGAAUUGAGCAAUUCUACGACACCCGCUGGAAGUUCCACUCAGUUGAAUACGGUAAUGAAAACGGAUAGCCUCAAUAAUAUGCAGACCUCAGUCUCCCCCACACCAACUAUCGGAAUCAAUUAUCCACCUUUCUCCGUUAAUACAGAACCAAGUCCGAAUCCAAUAGCACAUGUCAAUACUUAUUCAAAUAUAACCAACCAACCAGCUCAGAACCUUACAUUAAAUUCUAUGGACACUCCUGUCAAUGUUACGGCGCAGGUAACCCAUUUACCUCAACAAACUGAAUUCAUGAAUGCGCCUUCCGCUACGAAUGGCAAUUCAGAUGCUGUUGAUUCUGUAACAUUUUUAGAUUUCAGUCAAAAUUAA